AUGACCGUUAUGAUAUCGAUGGCUAUCGUUUCGUUUCGGUUAACUGGAAGAUUUAUUUUUCCCCCAACCAUACCUCAACCCACACCAGCGAGGUACUUCACCUCAUGGGAUUUGGGCGAAGUUCAAAUUUCUGUAAUGGCCCGACCUGAGGGCUUUCAGCGCUAUACAAUGAAGUAUGAAGAUGAGCGUUAUUCAUAUUCAGAAUCCGAUUCCGAUAGUAGUUCGGACAAUUCACCAUCUCUUCCACGUUUUCAACUCCCGAAAGCAAGAACGGACGAUAAAUGGCUCAGGGAUAAGAGGCUGCUCCGAAAGUCGCAAUACGGUAUGCCACCGCGCGGGCAUCUGAAACCAACCGAUAGCAGUUCGUUAUCGACGAUACCGUCGAACUUCUCAUCUUUGCUGGAGUCAACAAAUGAAGAAGAUGAUCUGUCUGACCUGUAUACUCCUGUACAGAAAUCAACCAGACAUCGUGUCCCACCAGUUUUCACCAUACCUCAAGAAUUAUCACCUGUUAUCGGCGAUUCGAUCGACGAGCCACCAACUGUGCCGUCUUUACGGCUACAAAGAGACUGGCGACCACAGCAAACAUCAACGACCACAUCGUUCCAGAACCACUCGAAUUCAAAUUUCCAGCCAUUUGUAUCUUCCCUACCAAAAACGAAUCCUCAUCAUGUCCCAAAAUUCGUCAGUUCUACUCCUCGCACAUCCGUCGCCGGUCGUAUUCCCAUGUACAGUUAUAAUCAGAUUAUUGAGGGAACCUCUCGACCCAGCAGUUACUACGGCGAAGAUUCGUGUGAAUUUCCGAUAUCAUCACGCUCUCAGGUCGAGAAUGUGAAGCCAAUGUUCUAUCGUCCAGAAAAUUUUGGUUUACCCACUGGAGUAGCGAAAAAUGUCGGCAGUGAAGGAAUUUUGUUCUUGAGCAUGACACUAUGUGGCAACCAACUGAAUGUCACCAUCAAUGAGGGUGUCUAUUUCCAAGAUCCAUAUCAACCACAGAUUUCUUCGUACGUUCGAGUGGAAAUGAGACGGCGAUGUGGAAACAGUCGUAAAAGGCAUUAUCGUGAGAAAAUUCAAUCCUACAAAACUCGCAAUUGGAUGGCCACAAAUCGACCAGCUUUCAACGAGAAGUUCACAUUUUAUAUCGAUGAUGACAACUACUUUCGUGAUCUGUUGACAAUAAGCGUCUACAAGUUGAAAGCGGACAAUCAUCAACAGCGGAUGCGAAUGCUCGGAUGUAUGACGUUUCCGGUGAAACGGCUCAUGAAAAAGGCCAGAGAAGCGAACGAUGGCUAUUAUAUUGAUGAGAACAUGACGAUGGAUGAAGUUGUCGUUAAUGAGGGCGGAUUUUUUCUGUUGAGUCCAAAGCGAGGCGAAAGAAAGAGUUUUCCUCAGAACAAGAUCAGCAUCAAAACUUACUACAAUGACAAGACAUUCAGUGGUGAUGGUGCAUUGACGACAUCGAGUUCCUGCCUGUCAAAUCCAUCUGAGGUUAGGCUUACUCUUCAAUUACUAGUUAGCCAGUCGUUCAAUGACGGCGUCGUUUUAAGCUUGUGGACACUCAUUUUUGCGAGUUAA